CCCGGUAGUAGUGCACGCAUCAUAUAUAGAGUGCUGCAGGAGGAUUACUAACUACUAGAGCCCAGUUAGACCGUGCAGUGAGAUCAGCAGAUAUCGAGAGAUUUCAAUGGCGCCUAAGACAAAAAAAGUUUUGAAGGCAGAACUUGAGUGUGGCGUGGCGCCUAAGAGAAAAAAGGUUACGAAGGCAGAACUUGAGGAGUGUGCAAGAUUGAGAGCGAUACUGGAUAAAGAGAGGCAUAGCCGCCCCUUGCCGAUCCGACCAGAAGAAAGUAAUAUGUGGGAUCCUGUUAUCUAUGUAGAGGAAAAGGAUGAUCAAGUGGAUCCACUUGAAAGUGAUUCUGCUACAAAGGGAAAACGGAAAGGGAAUACGGAUUGGUGCAAAUGCGAACACUGCCUUCCUGUGACUGAAGAGGAGGAGUCUGUGUGCUGCAAGGAAAUUAGCAAGAUCCUGCCGUUUCUAAAAUCUGGGGAGGAGUGUGUUUGUGAAGUAAAUCACUUAAUAAACCGCAUUCUCGACCCCGAACACAUACAGAACCUACACAUGUUUGAGCGCUUAAACAAACGGAGCAAAUAUGGCAGCUUCUCGGGUAUGCGGCCAAGGGAUUACAGAAAGGUCACGUACUGGGCAUUCACCAAAUGGGUGUAUGGGCAUAUGGGGCCAAGGAAGAAAAGACGUAUUCCGGCGUGUGUAUUGGGGUUAGUACGCGCCCAGUACGGUGGGGACGGUAAGGAUUUACAUGCUGUGGACGGAUUCGCAGAGGAUUUAUGUGCAAAAUAAAUAUUUGCUUUUUUUAUACUUUUAGAUUUUUGCUUUUUUCUACAGUUGUAUAUUAAAGAGCUUUGUUUUUAAUAUUGUU